ACAUAAGAUGUGGGGGAAAGCUUUUGUAUCCUUUCAGAAUAUUAUAUUUGCUACCGUUCAAGUGGAAUACAGUACAACAAAUUGCUCGAUUAGCUAGUGUAAUUUUAUUUUAAAAUCAACUAUAGAACGUGCCGCACCAUCUCGAGAGUUGCUGGAAAAUGUUUAUAGAGUGACGGACGCGUCGGUUGCAGAAAAAGUGAAACUAUAAAUUUUUUGUGAAUUUGCAAUGGUAUUAUAAAUAAGAAAUAAGUGCAAGUGACAGUUACUAAAAUAAAUAAUUGGUUAUCUUUAAGCAAUUCGUAUUUAGUUGCAAUCCAUCAUAAAAAUAUUGCAGUGCUCGGUCAACAAAAUAUUCAUUGUGCUGCGAAAAAUCGAUUGAUUUAAACCGUGGUACAACGCUCAGAGUGCUCAGUGCUCAGAGCUGUCAUCUCUCAUGAGAGCUUUUCCACUCUAGUUCAAUAAAUAUCGAAUACGACGAUUUUUACAUAAACAGCAUUAGCAAGGAUUGUGACCACAACUGAAGGAAAUUGGGAAAAACCCCCAAAAAGUCACGCAUGAACCAACAUGAUUGUCACAUCUGGUGUGGAUAGCACUGCUUCGUUAGGCACAGUUGAGGUUACAACUCUCUUGGGUUCUUUUUUUGGCGUGCUUGUGCUCCUCCUGCUGCUUUUCCUGUACAUCAGUCGCAGAUGUUGUUUUCAUCAUCGCCAUGGCAUCAAUUGCUGUGACGAACGCCACUUGGCAGCCAAAUGCGUGCAAAAGAUCACACGAAAGCGACGCUAUGAGAACACCAGCUCCGAUUCCGAGGAAGAUAUGCUGCGUCGCCUGCGCUGGCAUCAGCAGAACAACAAUCUGCUGCCCAAUGGCAAGUUUGUGGGCUACGGCAUGGGCAUCGAUCAAAUGAACCCGUUGACGGGUCACUCCUUCAAUUAUCAUCAUCAGGCGGACCUGCAAAGGGUCGUCACGGUGACACGUGACCCCUUGGCAAUUGCCGAAAGGGGCAAGGUCGGCAUACCAUCGUCGCACAGCGAGUGCAGCUCCAACGAUUCCAUUGAGGCGUCUGUCGACAGUCACACGGGCAUUCUGACUGGGGAAAGGGAGACUCGAGCUAUUCCUUCAUCAAGGAGCUCGUACAGCAAACCGCAUUCACAGUCACAUUCACAGUCCCAGCGUUACCAACAGCAUAAGGUCGACGUGCUGCCCCAAAAGGUCGACAAGGAUAGGGAUAGCGUGGUCGUGGUGCCAAUUACAACGUUUAGUAGUACCAAUAAUAAUAACAACAACAACAGCACUACAAAUAAUAAUAAUAAUAACAACAACAACAACGAUGAUGAGCCUCUUUUCGACACGAGUGACUUGCGGUCCAUCAAGUCGGAUGACAUUAUAGAGACAACCGACUCAAAGAUUGCCCCGCCGCGUGGCCCCAUCGAGCUGGAGAUGUCCUUGUUGUACGAUGCGCCCAUGCGCAAGAUGACGGUGCAUGUGAUGCAGGCGCGCUGUCUGCCACCUCUGGGCAAUGGCCAGCAGACGCACACCCAGGUGCGCAUGCUGAUGCUGCCGAACAAGAAGCAGAAGCACAAGACCAAGAUAAGGAGUGGUGAGAAUCCACAGUACAUGGAGAGCUUUCUGCUGCAUCGUGUCAAUCCCGAGGAUGUCAACAACAUGGGCCUGCGAGUGCGUCUCUAUGGCUGCGAGCGACUGCGCAAGGAACGCCUCAUAGGCGAGGCGUAUGUGAGCUUUGCCACCGUCGACCUGGAGCUAGAGACUAAUCUGUGGCUGCCUUUGGAGCCGCGCAAUACAUCAUCGCUGCUUGGAUCCACGAGCGACCUUCUUAGCUUGGCCAGAUCGGACAGUGCUGGUUCGACGUCCUCCAUGCAACACGGCGGCGUCUCGGAGCUGCUCCUGGGACUGAGCUACAAUGGAGUCACGGGUCGCUUGAGCGUGGAGAUUAUCAAGGGCAGCCAGUUCCGCAGUCUGACGCUGAACAAGGCGCCCGACACGUAUGUGAAACUGUGCAUGGUCAGCAGCAUUGGGCAGGAAAUAUCGCGAGCCAAAACGUCCAUUCGUCGGGGUCCCAAUCCGCUGUUCAAGGAGACGUUUGCGUUCCAAGUGGCGCUGUUCCAGCUCAACGAUGUGACGCUCAUGAUCUCCGUGUAUGCGAAGCGGCACAUGAAGAAGAACGAGAUGGUUGGCUGGUUUAGCUUGGGAUUGAACUCGUCGGGACCGGAGGAGUGUGCGCAUUGGACAGAUGUUUGUGAGUUGCCCAAGGGCGAGAUUCUGGCACGGUGGCAUGUGCUUGUGGAUUCCUGAUUCGAGCAGUUGGGACAGUCCUCGGGACGCAGCAGCAAGGCGCUCAAGAAACUGAGCUUUGCUGCGUUCAAGGACAAGUCCAAGGAUAAAACGACUCAGAAGGAGUCGGAGUCGCCGGAUGGCGUUCAAUUCGCUGCAGACAAUGCGGUUGCAGUCGACAUUGAGCCGGGAUUGGAACUAGAUUUUGUCUAGAUUUGAGAUAUGGUCGCCUUAAGACCUUUUGAUUGGUUUUUUUUAAAUGGAACACCGACAACAAAAAAAACUCGGAAGGUGUUCCAGCACCCCAAGGACUACAUAUUGUACUUUUUGGAUAAUCUGGAAACUAUUUAACCAGAUUUGAGCCCAUUAACUUGGCUCGACAAAUCUUUGUAAUUUGGAAAACACAAAAAUUAACUUAAAUUUGGCAAAGCAUUUUUUGAUAAAAUGUGCAAACACAAAAAAAAAAGAAAAAGAAAAAUACAAUUAACAAUUAAACUAGUAUUAUUAAACUUUUAUACGCAACUGAAAAAUGCAAAAUGCAAAACGCAUGUAACUUAUUACUCAAGUUUGAACUUUAUAAUUGUUUGUGAUAAAGCAUAUGAUAAUGGUUAGAGAUCGAAGAGCGACAACAGGUCGUAUGAAUGAUGAUGAUGUUAGAUAAAGAAAGAGUAUACGUAUGUUGACAUACAUUUUUGUAUUUAAUAUUUUCUCUGCAACUCGAACAAGAAACUCAACAAAUAUUUAACCGCAAAGGUUUUGACGGUCCGAAAAACGCGCGGACUAGCACUUUUUAUUACUACCAUAAAUAAGAAUUUCCAAAUUGAAAAACCAAAUAAUUAUUAGCAUUGUUAACCGAGUAUUGAUCAAAACAUUUGAAUUGUAUGAGAUUGCGAGUACAAUUAACAAACAUCUGGAAUUCUUACCUCUCUCAAACCAAAUGUUAAUCGUACUUAUUUAAUUACCUAUCUCAGUGCUCGCAUAUCUCGAAUAUAUUCGAAUGUUUUGGCAAAACUAAGCGCAAAAAUGAAUAGCAACAAACAAACAAAGAAGCAACAAUUGUAGCCAACGCAUACAUACAAACAAACAUAUACAUAUACAUAGAGGAAAUUCUAGAAAUUUUUACCUAGAAAAUCAUCGCGCAUUGUUCCAGUUUUUAUAUGAAUACAACAAAUAUACCUAUACUCUAGGAUUCAAAUUAAAUACGCACAAAAAUCGAAGGUACAACAGGAGUAGGAGGCAACAGAAAGCAGAAGGCAGAUAGAUAAGAGCGUUUAUAAUGUUUAUAAAGAUAUUGGAAAUCCAGCACCAUUUAUUCGAUAUUUCAAGAGGGUUGCUCGGAGAACUAUUUAAGAGACACAACAUUUAAUGUUGCAAAUGUUAGCAAACAAACAAAUUUAAGUACUUAAUUACCAAAAAAGAAGAGAGUAAACUACCUAUUGAAGGGAUAGAGGAGGAUAGAAGGACGAGGGCGAGGGGAGCGCAUUUACCUUGAAUAUAAAAUGAAACAAAAUAUUGUAGGCUAAACUAAUUAUACGGAGAACCAUGGAAAGCUUUAAUAAAUGUUGGUACUUAAUUGAUUUUUACUUAAUUGUCGAACGUCGUCUUAAUCGAGCAAGUAUUACAAAACUUAUGUAUCUACCAAAAUGAUAAGGAAAAGGCAGAAGAAGAAGAAUCUUAAAUAAAUAGUUUAAAUAUUUUAUUACAUAUAUUUAAUAUUAUUAUAUAAAUACAUAUAUAUUUGUAUCUUUUGAAAAUCUCUAUGUUUUCGAUGUCCAAUAUUUUAUAAUCACAAUUCACAAAUGAAUCUGUGUUCGUUGUUACUGAACUUUGCGAUAUAUAAAGUUAAUCUAAAAUUUAAUUUUGGACGCGAUUAAUGAGAGUUGUAGUCGAAGUCAGAAAAAGAGUAAAAAAAAAGUAGAGGAGGAGGAGCUGGAGUAGGAACAACAGAUGAGGAUUAACCGAUUUGGUAAAAAGAAAAGCAAAACGCACUUAAGAAACUUGUCAAGUCAUUUUUUGUAUAACAUAUUAUUAUUCUAUAAGCUUCUAUGUGUGCAUCUAACUUUAACCAAAGAAACACAACACACGAGAAAUGUAAAGAGUCUUGCAAAUAAAUGUUGCAAGUUUAUUUGCAGUGUACUUUGGCCUCUAUGUAGAAAACUCCCUCCAUUAAACAAAACUGAAUGAAGUGAUUGGAUUUUCCUGGAAUAGAUUACAAAUUUCUACUUUUCAAUUUAAAGCAAUUAAAUUGUCAUUGUUGAUUAUUAAAAUAAUAAUUUUAAUAUUACAUAAUUGUGACUUACAAAUAAAAUGAUAACAUUAACAACGGCUACGUAGAGCUUAUGGCUCCAUGUUACGCUAACUAUACACAUACACAUCUCUAUCUCUAUCUCUCUGUUGAUCAAUCAAUUCCCCCAAUCUAUCUAAUCCUAGUCUACUUUCUGCGCUUGCGACGCGCCGUCUUCUUCGUGCUCUCAUCAUCGUCACUGUCUGCACUAUAAUCCUGAGAAUCUUUGGGCCCCGUUGCUUGAGCAUCCCACUCUUUGCGCAGCUCGCUGAGCAUGCCCGGAGUCAGAAGACCUUGAGCCAGAAGUCGCUCUGUAAGGCGACCACGCGAUGAGCUGGGAAGACGAGGCUCCUUCACAGACGUUACACGACGUGUAUUGUAAGUGGGCACAUCGCUAUCCUGGCCAGCUUCUGUGUUUUUGAGCAGACGAGUUAUUUGAAAUACGCCUUGCUGGAUGAUCUCAUCGAGCUCCUUUUGAGCAUCACGCACUCGGGCA